UAAGUGCUGGGAUGGAUGAGGGAGGUCUACCAGUGAGCCGUCGUUCCUCCUGGCUCCGAGAUGGUGUCACCUCUGCGAUCCGGACUGGGGACACUGGGAGAGAACAACUACCAGUCUGAGAGUAGACGAGAGAGGGAGUAGAGACAUGGAGAGACAGAGCAGAGGCAGGGAGGACAUGCAGACAACGAAGGAGGAGAAGCGCAAAGAGAAGAAGUCUGGGAAGCUCUUUCGAAGGAAAUCGUUGAAGUCAGUCGGGAGUUUCAUGAACAGAAUCAUCAGAACUUUGGGCACUUUGACGCACUUUGGAGACGCAGACGCGCAGGACGCGGAGGACGACGACGGGGGGUUCCGGAACGGAGCACCUUGCACCCUGAUGGUCAGGGACGAGCUGCAUGUGACUUGGGAUCGCAUGGUGAAGAACACCUCCAACACGUCUUCCUCCCUGUGCACCGGCAGAGACAAACUACUCCACCAAUUCGCAGACAAAGUCCCCGGAGUCCUGGGGCUGAAGAACCACGGGAACACCUGCUUCAUGAACGCCGCGGUCCAGUGUUUGAGCAACACGGACUUGCUGGCAGAGUACCUGGGUCUGGAGCGGUACAAGAUGGACCUGGGUCAGACCAGGAUAAACGGGCUGGUGAAAGGUGAGGAGACCCGGCUGGCCAAGGGAGAAGUCACGGAGCAGUUGGCAUCGCUGGUCAGGGCUCUGUGGACUCUGGAGUACACCCCACAGCUGUCUGUGGACUUUAAGACUAUAGUGUCCAAGUACGGAUCGCAGUUUCGUGGUAACUCCCAACACGACGCCCUGGAGUUCCUCUUGUGGCUUCUGGACCGCGUCCAUGAAGACGUCAAUCUGGCCGCCCACAAUAACAACAACAAGACCAAAGCUCCCGGAAAGGGCCCCGGUGGACCUGAGGAGGUGCUGUCUCCUGACCCGACCCAGUCCCAGCAGCCCACAGUCCAGCACAGCUUUGUCCAGGAACAUUUCCAGGCACAGUACAAAUCUUCACUGACAUGCCCCCACUGUAUGAAGCAGAGCAACACCUUUGACCCAUUCCUCUGCAUCUCACUCCCAAUUCCUCUUCGCCAGACCAGGUCGCUGUGUGUGAUUCUGGUGUUCAGCACCAAAGGACAGAGGUACCUGCGGGUCGGGCUGGCUGUGCCUCUGUUCGGCUCCGUGGCCUGCCUGAGGAGGAUAGUGGCUGACGAGGGGAAAAUCUCCCCAGACCAGGUGAUCCUGACGGAGGUCUACUCCACAGGCUUCCAGCGCUCCUUCUUUGAUGAAGAGGAUCUGACCAGCAUAGCUGAGAAUGAUGUCAUCUACGCCUUCCAGGCUCCGCCCCUGUACAUCAGAGGAGGCUCUGCACGGAUCUCAGGGUACCAUCACAGCCUCCCGUCAUCUCCAUACUCCACUGGUCCAGAGGGUCAGAGGUUACCUUCAUCUGGGACGUUGUCAUCAGAGUUCCUCAACCAAGGCGUCCCUGUAAAGAUUCUGCUGUUGGUGUGCAACGCUUCAGCGGCCGGCCAACAGGCUGUGAGGUUUGGACCUCCAUUCCUGAUGAGGGAGGACCGGUCUAUCUCCUGGGACCAGCUGCAGCAGAGCAUCCUCAGCAAGCUUUAUUACCUGAUGAUCAAUGGAGCCCAGGCGCAGAAUACCAGAGUGCUGUUCAACAUCCGCGUGGUGGGAGGAUCGGCGUUUUACAGCUACCUGUCUCCUCAGGACGGACGGCCGCUCUACCACCCCGCCGUGGACAGAGCUCUGAAGCUCUGCUGCUCAGGAGGACCCCCACAUGUGAAGCUCAUCAUCGAGUGGGAGCACAGAAUCAAGGACUGCCUGUUCGGUAACAUUCAGGAGGAGGUGGUGAAGGAUGCGGACAGCGUGAGGAACCAGCAGCAGCAGCACGUCCAGCAGUACAGCUGCACGUUAGACGAGUGCUUCCAGCUCUACACCAAAGAGGAACAGCUUGCCCCGGACGACGCCUGGAAGUGUCCCCACUGCAAGCAGAUGCAGCAGGGCAUGGUGAAGAUGAGCCUGUGGACGCUCCCGGACAUCCUCAUCCUCCACCUGAAGCGCUUCAGGCAGGUGGGGGAGCGGAGGAACAAGCUCACCACGUUUGUACAUUUCCCCCUGGCGGGCCUGGACAUGACACCGCACAUGGUGAGCCGCGGCCACGGCGCCCAUCAGCCCCGACGACCUGACCCGGCUCCCCCCGACUUCCUCUACGACCUGUAUGCCGUGUGCAACCACCAUGGAGGAAUGCACGGCGGACAUUACACAGCCUUCUGCAGGAACUCGGUGGACGGCCAGUGGUACAGCUAUGAUGACAGCAGUGCCGAGCCGGUGCCUGAAGCGGAGGUGUGCACACGUGGAGCCUACAUCCUCUUCUAUCAGAGGAGGCACACCAUACCCCCUUGGUCUGCCAGUUCCUCAGUCACCGGUUCCACCAGCUCAUCCACCUCUGACCACUGGCUGGUCCGGCUGGCAGGGGGCAGUAAGAGGGGCAGCGUGGUGUCAGGAGGACCCGUACCUGGACCUCCGGGGCCCAUUCAGGCCCCAGAGUCCCCUGAGCUGCCAGUGUUUGGUAACGAAACCCCCAAAACAGUACAAACAAAUGGGUUUGAAGCCAAGCCGUUUGUCCGUGGGAGCCAAGGCAGGACUGUGAGCAUGAGGUCACCAACUAAGCCCAAGGAGACUCUGAGCAAAGUUCUGCCACUGCGGUGGUCCUUUGGCUCCAAGGACCGCGUUAGACACCCAGCCCAGACACAGCCUGGGGAGCUGGUGGAGUACCUGGAGUCUGGGCGCCGCCCACGAUGCACCAAAGACCCUAUCAUAACGCUGGUGGCUACCCCACCACAAAGGAACGCCCGGGGAAGAGCCUUUGAAGGAGGACAGGACUGCAGCUCACCGAGUGGCAGCAGUCUCAGUUACACAGACAGACCCAGCUCCGACACUUGUUACUCCCCCAAAAUACCAGAGGGACAGAGCAGAGCUUGUGUGGAGAGAAACAUGAGCCAGGGAGUCGGUAACAGGGACGACGGUUCUCUGAGGCAGAGGUCAUCUAAGAGAGCAAGGCAGGACCACGGCAGGACCCUGGACCUCCAGCUUCAGCUUCAGAGAGGGGCCCUUCUGUUGGGUCACAUCAGCCACAGCGCACCUCAGAGCAGAGAUUCCACAUUGAGGAGGACCAAGGCCCAGACAGGGGUGACUUUCAGGAAAGACUUGUUACAGACGGCCGUCCAACCUGAGGACACGAGGGGGCAGAGGGGACAAGAGGGCCGCAGCCACGACAGCCUCCUGUCAUUUUUCAAACCCGGUUUCAUGAAGAAAGACAUUACCGGGUCGCCAAUCAAGGGGCACGACCAGCGUAUGAACGGCCACGGGCACCUGGGGAAACUGGCGAGCAGCAAUUUAGCCAAACUGUCCCUCUCCAAUGGAACGCUGACCACGGCGGCCGCUGUCGUCCCGAGCUGUGACGCCCAUAACUGCAAAGUACAGCUGGUCAACGGGAAGGCCGGGGUUCAUGACCCUGUGGACAUAAAGCGCGCUCACAGCUCCAGUAACAUCCAGACGAGGCUAGAUUUGACAUUUCGCAGGUGUGCCUCCCUGCAGAGGAACGGAGAAAUAGUGCCCCCCCCGGCCCACCGCGUCCUGCUGUCAGACAAGCCGAGCUACGCCACUCUGCAGCGCACCCGAUACAGUACCACGUCCCUGGUGCCUCUGUGACAGCCCUGAAUGACUGUUGAACACCAGGACUUCUCUGCUGAUUUCUACGCUCCACCCCCAUGGAAGCUCCCAGCAGGAGGCAUCGCUGGAGACAAAGUACAUCCUCCCGCUCCCCUUCAUAGUGCUGUUAUAAGUUCUUACCUGUGUGUGUCUUAAACUAAAUCUAUGCAGAGUUGGAUUUACUGAGGAGGAACACUGCUGUAAUGUGUUUUUUGUUUUUACGAAGCAGUCUACUGGUAACAAGUGGUUUUAUUUUUGGAGUUCAUUAUUAACGGUUGAACGGAUGAGGGUGAUUUGGUAAAUUUAGUGUAUCAUACAUUCAUAAAACCUUCAUCUGUUACAUGGGCUAAAACAUGUCAAAUUGUAAACACUGCGAAACAUAACAUCUGCACUGUAAAUCAGCUGCUAGAACAACAUACAUCAUUUGCUUUGUCAUGUAUUGCCUAUCAAGUAAUAUAUGAAUGCACUUUGUUUUUUUGUUUUUUUAUCCAUAUUUGUCUACAUGAUAAGAGUUUAACGGAUAAGUGACAUUGCUAUUGAAGGGACAAUUACACUGCAGCAAAAAUCUGAAUUAGAAUUAUAAUUUUUUCAGAUUAUUAUUUAUUAUUCAAUUCACCUAAAAUUUGCAACCAGCAGAUAACUAAUCAGUGGGAGAGGUGUGUGGAUGGCACAAGAUAAUCUCCUAAAUAAUACAUGUUAACUAUAAAUUGACAAAUGAAAGUCCUUCCCCUUGAAAAUACCUUUUUCCUCUGGUUUUUGUUCGUGUUUGUUCUGAGGAUGGAUGAAGAGAUUUUGGCUGAUCAUCAAACAAUAGGUGAGGCUGUUCAGACUAAAAAGGAACACAGCCGCCACAGAAGCUUGCAGAGAAAUACAAAAAUUGGGGUUCUGUGUUUCCACCUCUUCUGAGCGAGAACGUGAAUUUCUGUCUCUUUCAUUGAAGACGAAUUAGAAGUCUUACUGAUAAAGUGCCAACGAUAACAGGACCAGCUUCAAAAGCAUGGCUCAGUUUUCUCUUUCAGGUCUGAGCAGAGGAUUCACAUUGUGUCCACACACACACACACACACACACACACACACACACACACACACACACACACAGAAUCAUUCUUUCUCUGCAUACACAGGGAUGUAAUGAGUCCUAGUGAUAAUCAUGCUCUGCCACAUUCACAUAAACUGUAAUAAAGUAGGCAGCACAGAUAGUCAGCAGUUUAUGCUCCUCUGUAUUUGAUUCACAGUCAUCAGACAUCCUCACUGUUUCUAUCACUGGGGAUUAUAAGGGAUUGUAAAGAGUCCAGAGUGUUUUCCUCCACUGUAACCGUGUCCACGUCUCAUGUUGCGUCAUUUUACAUCACUGUUUAACAACACUCUUUACCAAAAUGAAAUGAUAGGAAAAUAAAGGAUGUUUCUGAGACAUUACUUGGGGAGAAAUGGCUAGAUUAUAUUUUAUUAUUAACUUUUUUAAAAGUCUACAUUUUGUACCUGUAAUUAUGUAAUUUAAGUACCAGAUUAAAACUGUAUGUUUCAGGCUCCUGUACAAGGUCAGACUAAUACAUGCUGUCAGUGGGGUUUGAAUUGGACACGACACACAGAAGUCCUCGUACUGGACUGUCUAUAAUAUCCGCUUCAUGCACUGCAAGUUUUAUGGAUUGCAAAUUAAA